CUGUUACUACCACUGAACAUGCAGCUACGACUACUGAACAAGCAGUUACCACUGAACACGCAGCUACGACCACUGAACAAGCUGCUACCACCACUGAACGAGCUGCUACCACCACCACUGAACAAGCAGUUACCACCACUGAACAAGCCGUUACUACCACUGAACACGCAGCUACUACCACCGAACAGGUGACUACGACCACUGAACAAGUAACUACAACCACUGAGAAAGCUGCUACCACCACUGAACAAGCAGCUACUACCACUGAUUACACUGCUACCACUACUGAACAUGCAGUUACUACCACUGAAAACGCAUCUACUACCACCGAACAAGUAACUACGACCGCUGAACAAGCAACUACCACCACUGAGAAAGCAGCUACUACCACUGAACAAGCAGCUACUACCACUGAAUACAUUGCUUCCACUACAGAACAUGCAAUAACUACCACUGAAAACGCAGCUACUACAACCGAACAGGUGGCUACGACUACUGAACAAGUAACUACAACCACUGGACAAGUAGCUACGACCAUUGAGCAAACAGCUACUACCACUGAACAGGUGGCUACGACCACUGAACAAGUAGUUACGACCACUAAGCAAGCAGCUACCACCACUGAACAGCCAGUAAUUGUCACCACCACAGAACAAGCAAUUGCUACUACCACGGAACAAGUAAUUGCCACCACUACAGAAAAAGUAAUUGCCACCACAACUGAACAAGUAACAACCACAGCUGAACAAGUAGUAACCACAACUGAGCAAGUAAUUGCCACCACCACUGCAAAAACAAUCGCCUCCGCCACUGAACAAGCAAUUACCUCCACCACUGAACUUGCGAUCACGUCCACCACCUCACAAGUGAUUCCCUCCACCACCUCACAAGUGAUUCCCUCCACCACCUCACAA